AUGACCUUCAAAAUUGGCCAAGAGGUGGAUAGGAGUGAGCAGUUUCCGCGACACGGGCUUGCAGAUGCUUUCCAGUGGGCCGUUGCCGUGACACAUUCGGAUGCUACAGCAUUGGGAUUGGGCUGCGGGACUUGCGGCUAUCCUCCGAAGCCUGCGGAAGUUCGCCACAUCCUCUCCUUGACAGAGGAGUUGGAAGACAAGAUGAAGCUGCUUGCCUCGGGGGUGGCUGAGGUUCACUCUAUGCUCGCGGAGACGGACGAAAAGCUGGGCUUCCAGAAGAAGGUGCAGCUAAAGAUCAUUCAACGCUGGCUCCGGCAGGGGCUUGGUGACGAUAUAGAAG